AAAAAUUAGCUUCCGGUUUUAUCUUCUCGAAUUCAGAAGCCCUUCUCUAAUAUCUCUCUACUCGUACAACAAUGGCGUCGAUGGCUGCGACCACCAAUUUCACCAAAUCUUUACUCUUUCCUUUCUCUAAUGGAAAUGCGAGCUUGAAUUCACAGAGAGGUACAUGGCCAAAGCAGCAAAAGUCUAAAAAUGGUUAUAGGUCUCUUCGUGUCAAUGGAUUAUUCGGUGGUGGAAACAAAGAUAAUAACAGUGAAGAUGGACAAUCAAAGGCAGGGAUAUUUGGUAAUAUGCAGAAUAUGUAUGAGACUGUGAAGAAAGCUCAAAUGGUUGUUCAAGUCGAAGCUGUCCGUGUCCAAAAAGAGUUAGCUGCCGCAGAAUUUGAUGGUUAUUGUGAAGGCGAGCUUGUCAAGGUUACGUUAUCAGGUAACCAGCAACCAAUCCGUACUGAUAUAACCGAGGCAGCAAUGGAAUUAGGUUCUGAAAAACUAUCACAACUUGUCACGGAAGCAUACAAGGACGCACACGCGAAGAGUGUGGUGGCUAUGAAAGAGAGAAUGAGUGACCUUGCGCAGAGCUUAGGCAUGCCACCGGGUCUCAGCGAAGGACUGAAGUAAGAAGCUGUUUUUGUUGUUUCAUUCUACUUUCAGGUAUGAGAGCGAGGUCGGCUUUUUUUGUUUGUAUAUCAGUCAGGCAGAAGUAAAGAGCUUUGUACUCUACUCUUGUGGAAUCUAAUAUAAAAGAUUUGAAACU